AUGUCUACCAUCCGACGGAAUGUUGCUUAUAGACCACAUUUGGAUUUGUUUAUGCAAUUGCCUUCGACGCUGAACCGUCAUACCACCAUUCCCUUCCAGCUUUACGAUGGAGGAUUUUCGAGGGAGAGUUUUGCUGAUUAUUUGGCGAAGAUCGCAAUCACAGGCGCCGCUUCCGGUAUGGGGCUGGCGACAGCACGUUUGCUUGCAAAUCGUGGAGCCUCUGUCUCACUUGCGGAUCGUAACGAGGAGGCUUUGAAAGCAGCUCACAAAUCAUUGACCACCACACUGAACAAUAAACAUGCUUAUGCAGUUGUCGAUGUCCGAGAUGCUAACUCACUUCGCACUUGGAUGGAAAUUACUGUCAAAGAAUUGGGCCGGUUGGACGGUGCAGUGAACAUGGCUGGGGUGGUACUCGACACCUGUCCUGUUAGCGAAUUGAAAGAGUCCGAUUGGGAUUUUACUAUGGACGUGAAUCUCAAGGGUGUGUUUCUCUCCAUGAGGGAGGAAAUCAACCAUAUGCAUACUGGUGGCAGCAUCGUUUCUGCGACAAGCAUUUACGGUCAAGUAGGAUCUCCCGGAACUGCUGCCUACGGCGCCAGCAAAGCUGCAGUGAUUGGACUUUCGCGUGCAGCUGCCAAAGAAAAUCCCACCUUGAGGAUUAAUUGUGUAUCGCCAGGUGUUGCCGAUACCCCGAUGUUGGCUGGGGAGCCAGAAGAGGACGUAGCUCUGGCCACAUCUCAAUCCAUCAUGAAACGGAAAGGCAAUCCGGCCGAGGUUGCCAACGUGAUCGCAUUCCUCCUUAGUCGUGACGCAAGCUUUGUGACAGGCGCAGUUCUGAUGGUUGGCAAGAGUAACCAAUUGGUCCUUAUUCAGAGUCAUAGGCCGUUUUCCGAAUGGACUAAUGGCCUGAUUAGUAUCGAGAAACUUCACCUCUAUGCUAGAGAAGUUUUCCUUCGACAGCUCAAGCAGUAUCCUAGACAUGAGCUCAUAGGCCUUCUUCAAUGUUUUGGCGUCGAUGUUCGAAUCCAAAACAUCGACGCCAUGUUCGUCUAG